GAAAGAUCGACGACAUAUACAUUUUCAUCCCAAAUCGUGCUCUUUUUUUUCCCUAAGCAUACUGCUUCAAUUGGAGCUCGUACGGCUGCUAGGAUGAUACGUACAGAAAUCCGUUGAAAACAGCUACAAGAUGGCACCAGCGACACCAACGUUCAGGAAACCACGCCUACAGCCUGAGCGCGGGACGCUCCUCAGUUUCUUCAAGAAAGAAACAACCUCAGUGAGAACUGGAUUCGACGUAUCCCACACACAAGUGGAAAGCGGGGUGGUUUCGGUUGAACACACGGUUGGGCCUUCAAAAGACAGUCAGGCUAGAAAUACCAGCUCCAAGCAGAAUUCUAUUCACAAAGGGAAAGGGAAGGAGAAGCAGAAAGACCAUAAUGGCUCUGUCCACGAUCCUGUUGUGAUCAGCGAUGAUGAUGAAGACGAUGUGUUGCCUGCGGCCCCACCAACAAGAUCUAAACGACGCAAAUUUUCGGCUUCUUCAAACGGAAACCAGGCGCCGCAACUACCUUCACAAUCUCCAUGUCGCCCAUCCGAGGCUCCUCCAAUGUUUGCUAGCUAUUCGGAGUUCAAGCCACCGCCUACGUGGCCUCAGGUGGUCAAUACUGCCGAUGUAGAAGAGAAUGGUAAUGAUCAAAGUAUGAUGGUCGCUGACGAGGACGAUACGAGGACACCAGAUCCUUGGGAAGGUAAAAUAGAAGAAGACGAUUCGAGUGUGGAACUGGACGAUCGCGAUCGUCCACAUAGCCCAGAAAGGCAAGAUACUCAGAGUGGUAAUGGUCUUACUGUCGGAGGAAUGGAGUGGGAAGAACCGGACGAAGGGAUGGGGAUGGAAGAUGAGGUUGACGAUGCCGACGAUGCGCAAUCCGCCAUCUCUUCAUCCAUCAAACCAUCAACAUCGAAACGUGGCCGUCGCAUCUCACCCUUCUCCUUUUCCAUCCCGAUUCCCGAACCUCCGUCUCAGUCGACGAUCAAAGGUCCCAACGCAUUCUCACUACUCAUGUCGGGGCAUAAGGAACAUGAGCAGUGGAAAGAUGCUGAGGAUGAUUUGAGGCGGGAUGGUAAACGGUACGCGGGAAGAAGAAGGGCGCCUUUUUACAAGGUUCUAACGGGUAUGCCUGUGGCAGUGGACGCUUUUAGGUACGGGGCGAUACCGGGCGUGACGGCGUAUCUCUUAACGCAUGCCCAUUCUGAUCAUUACACCAAUCUUUCCAAAAGCUGGAAUAACGGGCCCAUCUACUGUUCUCAGACGACAGCAAACCUUAUCAUUCAUAUGCUGGAAGUCGAUCCGAAAUGGGUUCAUGGAUUACCUAACGACAUGCCAUUCGAAAUGCCCAACACUGGAGGUGUCACGGUAACACCUAUUGAAGCCAAUCACUGUCCAGGAUCUUCAAUCUUCCUCUUUGAAGGUCGACAGACUGUUAACGCCGGUGAUUCAGGCUUCGCAAGUCCAUACGUAGGCAGUAAACGCGUGUUUCGCUAUCUUCACUGUGGAGAUUUUAGAGCAAACCCCAAAAUGGUCCUACAUCCUGCAAUAGCCCGUGCACCUAUCAAUACUUGCUAUCUUGAUACAACCUAUCUCAAUCCUAAAUACUGUUUCCCCCCUCAACCACUUGUGAUCAACGCGUGUGCCACGCUUGCGAGGCGAAAUGUCGUUGGCGAGUCGGACGAUGCGCCAUCCCUUGAGGCAGUGCAACAAGGUUCGGUCAUAGGAGUAUCGGGCGUGGGAAGUAUGACAUAUGGUGGGGGAAGGAAAGUCACACUUAAGACGGAGGAUGGAGGAGAGAGAGAAAUUGAGGUUGAAAUAAAGGAGGAGAAGGGUGAGAGGGAGAAACAGAUGAUGCAAGGAUGGUUGGUAAAGAAGGAAGAAGGGGUUAAGGAGGAAGUCAAGGAAGAAUUGGGGGGCGUUGGGAAAAGAGCAAAGAGUCGGACUUUGGUGGUCGUCGGGACUUAUUCCAUCGGAAAAGAAAGAAUAGUCAAGGCGGUUGCAAAAGCCAUAGGCUCCAAGAUUUAUUGCGAUCAGCGCAAAAAAGGAAUCUUGCUAUGCCAAACCGACCCCGAACUCCACUCCAUGCUUACCUCUGAUCCUAUCGAAGCCCAAGUCCACCUUUUACCUCUAGGUAACAUUCAGCUCGACCGCUUGCAAUCCUAUCUCACCCUUCUUCACCCCCAUUUCGACCGAGUCUUAGGAUUCCGUCCGACUGGAUGGAGUUAUUCUCCGCCUGCGGGGACGGAUAUGUUGCCCGAUGUGAACACUAUUAUACGGCGGGAUCAGGCGAGGAGGUUUGGGGAAGGGGAUUUAAAGACUAUGAGGGGGAGUAGUAGGAAUUUCAUGAUGUAUGGGGUCCCGUACUCGGAACACUCGAGUUUCUUUGAAUUGACCUGCUUCGCCUUGUCAUUACCAGGUGCAGACUUGAAGAUGAUAGCCACGGUUAAUGUGGGAAAUGAGAAAAGCCGCGCGAAGAUGAAAAAAUGGUUCGAAAAGUGGCUGGCUGAAAAGGCUAAACGAAAGGAAAAGGGAUUGCCAUCCACAGUCGAAUAUCGCGACGAAACAUAUUGGUAAUUAUUACUCCGUAUCGAAUUUAGGGACGGUGGAAGACAGUCUGGAUAUCCGAGAUAUCAUGUAUCGACAAGUAAUCUAUUGUAUCCUCUUGCUUUGAACCAUCAGCUAUACCUUGUUCAUGCUCAUGUAUCAUUUAU